GGAAAGAAAGAGGGCGUGUGAAACGGAGCAACAGUUCUUGGCAUACAAUAACACAAACAAUUUAAAGGGCAACGAAGGGAGGGGGGAACUAGUGAGGGGGGGAAACUCAGUCACAUUUUUAAGACACCUGAAAACGUGUCCGGUGUUUGUAUGGGAUGCUCGUGAAUGCCUCGAACUAGUUACACGGCUCUUGGAGGACGAUGCCAGCGCACCGGCUCUGAAGAGCAGCGUCUUUGAGGACAUCUUCCAGAGACAUCACAGCAUCUCUUCUUUCUCGAGACACUUCACAGACUUCUUGAAGUUCUUACCUGUCCGGACGGAAUUCGAAACACGCUGAAAAUUACAGAGUCCACUCAGACGCCCGCAUUUCCUUCACCGACACCGGGAACAGGCGCCAUGGACGGCAGCCCAGGUGGAGGAGUAAUCCUCUAUGCGGGUUCAACUGGAAGCGCCAGCCCCAGUCCGGGAAGCCCAUCCAGUGGGUACCAAACCCAAUCUCCAGCCUCUCAGCCCUCGUCCCCGGAGGAGGUCUCUUUCACUGAGCUCGGUGCCCUUAAAAAACAUCCAGCGGGAAGCAAUGGCAGUUCGGCAGGAGGCAACAAACUGGUUUUCCAAUUUCCAGAAGUCAGCAGUGCUACCGCUGUCAACCCUGUUACACCGACGGUAACAUCAUCAGGCCAAAACACCUACUCCCACCCAGUAGUGGGCAGGCGACCAAAAACCGGAGGUAUGGUGUUGCUCUGCAAAGUAUGUGGGGAUAUUGCAUCAGGAUUUCACUACGGCGUCCACGCAUGCGAGGGAUGCAAGGGUUUCUUCCGCCGCAGCAUCCAGCAGAACAUCCAUUAUAAAAUGUGCGUGAAGAAUGAGAACUGUCUGAUCAUGAGGAUGAACCGCAAUCGCUGCCAGCACUGCCGAUUUAAGAAGUGCCUCUCUGUCGGCAUGUCCAGAGAUGCUGUGCGGUUCGGGCGCAUUCCGCGCGAGAAACAACGCCUACUGGACGAAAUGCAGAGUUACAUGAACAGCCUUAAUGAAUCAGCAUCCAUGGACAUCACCUGUACUACACCCACAGAGACUCCUACCAGCCCUGAAGAUGGCCAGUCAGAAGAGGCCAUCGGUGCUAUCUCGCAAGCUUAUCGCAAUAUCUUUGUGAACGGGGAGAAGUUGUUGGUGAAGGUUAACGAUGACAACAACAUCAAUAACAACGAUCCUUCUUCCUUCCAUCAUAAUCCAAUUCAAGAGUCCGGCUACAGUCAGUCUCACCCUCAGCCAAGUAUCUCACCUCAAGAACAUUCCAUCCAUUCCACAACAAGCUGUCAACCCCAAUCCAGAUGCCCGGUCUCCAACCACGACAGCAAACCCACAACCCAAGUUAUGGACAACGGUCACUAUAACUUUCCACAGUCCUCAAGUCCCAGCCAGGGAAGUACACCUUCUCAAAGCUAUCCAACGAAGCUCAACAAUUACUCCACUCAAACGUCUUGUCCUUGGAGACUGAGCCCUGGUGCUAAAGUUUUGGCAUGUCCACUCAACGCAUGCCCCAUCUCCCCAGCCAAUCACUCCAGUCAACAGGUCUGGGAGAGUUUCUCCCAGUGCUUCACUCCUGCUGUUAAAGAAGUGGUUGAAUUUGCCAAGAGCAUUCCAGGGUUUCAGGCCCUGAGUCAACACGAUCAAGUCAUGCUGCUGAAGGCAGGAACCUUUCAGGUUCUAAUGGUGAGGUUCUGCUCGCUGUUUGAUGCCAAGGAACGUACCGUAACAUUCCUGAAUGGUCAGACCUACCCGCUGGCAUCCUUGCGAGUUCUGGGCAUGGGCGGCCUUCUGGACGCCAUGUUUGAGUUCAGUGAGAAGCUGGGGAACAUGGGUCUGGAGGCCGACGAGAUGGCCCUCUUCAUGGCUGUGGUGCUGGUUUCUGCAGAUCGUUCGGGUAUCUCAGACGUGGGGGCUGUAGAGCAGCUCCAGGAGGAUUUGAUCGGCGCUCUUCGUGCACUCAUCACUCGGCGAAGGCCAGAGGACAGCUCGCUCUUCCCCAAACUCCUGCUACGUCUGCCUGACUUACGCACCCUCAACAACCAGCACUCCGAGAAACUCCUAGCCUUCCACAUUGACCCCUGAGAACAGAAAGACAAUUACCAGACCUACUCAAGUCGAGGUCAAAACAUAGAUUCAGGGUGCUCUUCUUGUACAAAUAAGCCAUGCAUAUUUCAGGACGAACAUCUGAUUUUGACUAGCACUUACACAGACACCUCAGACUUGCUCCACCACGAGCUGAAACUGAACUUUUCCAAUGCAGCACUUGAGCAACAGAAGUACGGAGCGGACGCUGGACAUUGUGACUUACAGGAUUGUUUAACAAAUAAUAUAAAAACAGAGGAAGAUGGUAUAGAUUUUGAGGAUGGCUGUUUUACAGCUAAAAUUAAUUUGGGCUCACAGAGCAAGAUCGGUGUAUAAAGUUUUGGGACGUUAUAAGUAUUUUUCUCACUCCUGAUGCUAUGCAUUUAUCAUCAUAUUCAUCACAUUGUACAACCUUUCAGAUAAACUUAAAUUCAGUUGCACAAUUCAAUAAUUUCAUUAAACACAUUCUUAUAUCUCUUUGUGGACCUUUAUAAAUAUUGUUUAUAUUUGUCAGCCAGUCAAAACCUUGGUUGUAAAAAACAUGUAUUAUAAUUGAAAUAUAUGAUAGUUUCUUAUAAGUGUAUAAGACUGUAGUAUGUAUUCUCGUGUGUCAUGACAGAACCAGGGACAACGGGUUGUUAAAUGAAGAAAGGCCUCCUUGUCUAUUAAAUUGUUAAAACGUAAAUUACAACAGCUCUGCAUGGAUAUGGUUUAUUCUACCCUUUGCAGUUUCAAACUGAAAGAGGAUGGGCUAGCUGCAAAAGUGGACUUUUUGCCAUUUCCACGCAAAUUCAGUUCAUUUAUUUCACGUGCAUCUAAAUGUAUAUUUGGUAAAUGUAUUAUGCUUAUUUUUUUCCAUAGAGAUGGCAGAGUAUGUGAUAUUAAAAAAUGACCUUUAAAGUUUU